CCUUCAGUUCUGGUAUGUGUUGCAUAUUAAACUGACUGAAAAUUGCUGGCUCAAACUUCAGCUCUCUCAAGCUGUUCGACCUUUGGGUUACAUUCAUUACUCAUUAUGAGUGGACACACAACUCCCUGCUAAAUAUGGCUGUAGCUGAAUCAUACGAGCAGAAUCAAAAGUGAAACUUUCACUUUACAAAGUGAAAGCAAAGAAAGAGAAUUCACUGUAACGAUCUACUUUUGAAUAAUGAAACUAAACUGGACAGAACCAAAAUGGCUCUUCACACUGAUUCUUGCAUUUCACAUCACAUCUGUACAGGUUGAAGCUUCUCAUGGUGAUGAUGAUGUGAGAAUCCUGAUUGUGGGAAUCCGAGGUGACUCUAGAUUCAGCGCUGCAGAUAUUCUGUCAGGAAGGACAGACGGUGGACAGGAGGACAGAGAGAUUGUAAAGACUCCAGUAAUUACAGACGAGGGUCGUAGAAUGAUGCUGGUCACUGGACCAAACCUCUGUGAGGAGGACACAGCGAGACAGAGCUUCACAACAGCGCUGUUCCUCUCGUCUCCUGGACCUCACGCCGUUUUAAUGGUCCUGAAUCUGGAAGAUGAAGAAUCAGAGCAGUGUGAUGUUGUGAAACGAGCCCAGGAGCUGCUGGGAGCAGAAGUUCUGCAGUACUGCAUUGUUCUUCUGCACCAGGAACGUUUCACUGGAGCGUCCAGAGGGAUCGCUGGAGAAAUGAUCAACGCAUGUGGAGGCAGAUUUCACAUGAUAAGAGACUCUAAACCUGAUCAAACAGCAGCUCUCGUAGAGGAAAUAGACAAGCUAAUUUGGCUCAAUGGAGCAAAAUUUCACUCAUUGAAUGAGAAACAACAGUUAGAAGCUGAAAGGCUGGAGCUUUUGAAAAGACUAAAAGAAAUAGGUGGAAAAUUUGAAGAAAAUCAGGUUUCAUCUAACACUUUGGGUGUGGUCGGAUGGAGUUUGAUCAUUUCACUGAUUGCAGUUGUUCUGGCUACUGAAAGGAAGGUCAAAAUGUUAAUUUUUCAGGCAACUUUAGCUGCACUUGUGACGUUUAUGGCAUCCAUCAGAAAUGCUUUGGGUCCACAUGUUGCUUUUGCGCUAAAUUUUGCUCUGUGCUCCACAGUCGCAGCUGUCUUUAUUAAGGAUCUACCAAUGCGCAAGUUAAAAAACAUGAGAAAAAUCCGAACAGAGUUUUUAUUUACAGUGGGUUUAGGAGUGAGCCUUGGAUCAAUCGCUAGCAUAAGAACUUUCUCUGAUGUUUUCGUUGCAUGCUUUGCUGCUUUAGGAGUCACAAUCGGUGCUUUUGCAUAUUUAAAGUUAUCAUUUGAGCUGCAAAAAAUGAACAUCAGAGAGUUAUUCCUGUUAUUCAUGUUCUGUGCAGUUGGUGCAGAACUCACCAUGUUGUGUGUGAUUGUGAUCGCCGCUCUGUUUGGAGUGACGCUCACUAUAAUUCUGAUAAUCAUGAUUGAAAUUGCAUUUUACAGUUUAGAUACCACAAUUCAGAAUAAUGUCAUUGAGUUACUUCCACCUUUAGUGUUUUUCCCAUGUGGUUGUGUGUUUAUUGGUUCAGCUGUUGUGAUGUUAGAGAUGUUGUUGAGUUUUCUUAUAGUAUGUAUAGAAUACCUGCUGGGUUCAUACUUGUUUUAUCCAGCAUUACUGUUGGGCACUUUAAUGCUGAUGGGAAAUCCCAACGUGAUCUGAUGAGAAUAUGCGUGUAUUUUUACGUUAAGUGUGGUUCUACCACAAGUACAUUUACUUACGUUUUAACAGCAAACAAAAACAAAAAAACAAAAAUGCAAAUCAUCUUACGUAAAGUGUGAAUGUAUAUGAAUUCCCAUGUAUUAAUAUUAAAAUCGUGGCUUUAAUGAUUUAAA